CUCCGAGUCCCCUCGCCUCUCUACACCUCACCUCCCAAACCCACCGCUCCCGCCCCCCAGAUUCCACACCUUCGCAACGAAACAAUAGAUAAAAUAAACCACCCAUCCUUCUCCAUCCCCCUCUCACCAACCUUAUCAUCCCAGAAAGCCCCCCCUUCCUGUCUCUCACUUUCCACCAUAGCUUUCUUUCUUUUUUUCCCCUUAACCUUUUUUUUAUAAGUUCUAUUUAUAUAUCCUUCCCUCGACAGUCUUAGCAUCAUCUCUCACCACCUUUCCACCCUCCUCCCAUCUCUAUCCUUCCUUUCCGCAACGUUCAACUCCACCCCUCUUUCUCCUCUCACAAACCCAUCUCCCCUUCUAUUUUUCCUACCGAAACCCCUUUUGAAAGCACCUGUAAACCAUAAACACCCCACCUAUAUCCAUUCCGGUCAACAUUAGUUUGUCCACCACGUCUCAACCCCAAACCCCCCCUUUCAUCAAUCCCCAUCAUCCUAAUCUCUUCUAACACUAUAAUAAGAAUGCCAUCUCUUCUCUUCUCCAUCGUCUCUCCUGGCUAGAGACGGAGGGUAUUGAGUCCUCUUCCACCGCUGCAACACUCGCCACUUCUAACGUUAGGGUUUACUUAGUAAAGGGUUUAGAGGUGAUGAUGACGAUGGAUCCAGUGGAGGAGGGGGGCAUCGCCAGCCUCGUGGCCGCCCGGCGGUCGCUGCUCGCGAGCUUGGACAAGUCGCGGGCGCUCUCGCUGGCGCUGGCCCGCGCCGGGCCCCGCCUCGACGAGAUCCAGCAGCGCCUCCCCACCCUCGAGGCCGCUGUCCGCCCGAUCCGCGCCCACCCGGACGCCCUCGCCGCCGUCGGCGGCCACAUCGACCGCGCCGUCGGACCCGCCGCCGCCGUCCUCAAGGUCUUCGACGCCGUGCAUGGCCUCGAGCGGCCUCUCCUUUCCGACCCCCGCGCCGACCUUCCCGGCUACCUCUCCGUCCUCAAGCGCCUCGAGGAGGCCCUCCGCUUCCUCUCUGACAACUGCGGCCUCGCCGUCCAGUGGCUCGAUGACAUCGUCGACUACCUCGACGACAACUCCGUUGCCGACCCCCGCUUUUUAUCUGCUCUGAAGACCUCCCUCGCCGCCCUCAAGACCUCUUCCUCCCCCCUCGAUGGCGGCCUCCUCGACGCCGCCCUCGAUAAGCUCGAGGCCGAGUUCCGCCGCCUCCUCUCCGAUCAUAGCACCCCCCUCCCUAUGCCCUCCUCCUCCUCCACCACCGCCGCCGACGGCGGUGGCGCCGCCAUCGCUCCUUCCCCUCUUCCUGUCCCGGUCAUCCACAAGCUUAUCAAAAUCCUCGAGCGCAUGACCGCGAACAACCGUCUCGACCGCUGCGUCGCCGCCUACAUCGACGUCCGCGGCUCCAACGUCCGCGCCAGCCUUCGCGCCCUCGACCUCGACUAUCUCGAGAUCACCUCCGCCGAGUUCGACGACGUCCAGAGUAUCGAGCCGUACAUCGACCGCUGGGGCCGCCACCUCGAGUUCGCCGUCAAGCACCUGUUCGAGGCCGAGUACAAGCUCUGCGGCGAGGUCUUCGAGCGCUCAGGCCCCCCUGAAGUCUGGGCCGCCUGCUUCGCGGAGAUCGCCGCCCAGGCCGGCAUCCUUGCCUUCCUCCGCUUCGGGAAGAGCAUCACUGAGGCCAAGAAGGACCCCAUCAAGCUCCUCAAGCUCUUGGACAUCUUCAACUCCUUGAACAAGCUUCGGCUGGACUUCAAUCGCCUCUUCGGCGGGAAGGCCUGCGUCGAGAUCCAGAACCUCACCAGAGAUCUCAUCAGGCGGGUGAUUGAUGGAGCCUGCGACAUCUUCUGGGAGCUUCUGGUUCAGGUGGAGCUACAGAGGCAGACUCCGCCGCCCUCCGAUGGCGCCGUCCCGAGGCUGGUGAGCUUCAUCACAGAUUACUGCAACAAGCUGCUAGGCGAGGACUACCAUCCGGUUCUCACCCAGGUUCUUAUCAUUCAUCGGAGCUGGAAGCAGGAGAAGUUCCAGGACAGGCUUCUGACCGAUGCCAUUCUCAACAUAAUCAAGUCCCUGGAGGCAAAUUUCGAGACUUGGUCCAAGGGCUACGAGGACACGACCCUCUACUACCUCUUCAUGAUGAACACCCACUGGCAUUUCUACAAACACUUGAAAGGGACCAAGCUGGGGGAGUUGUUAGGGGAUGCUUGGCUGAGGGAGCACGAGCAGUACAAGGACUACUAUGCUGUCAUGUUCUUGAAGGAGAGCUGGGGAAAGCUUCCCUCUUUGUUGAGUAGGGAGGGCCUGAUUUUGUUUUCCGGGGGAAGGGCCACGGCUCGGGAUUUGGUGAAGAAGAGGUUGAAGGCAUUUAACGAGACAUUCGAUGAGAUGUAUCAGAGACAGUCAAAUUGGGUCAUAUCGGACAAAGACUUGAGGGAGAAGACUUGCCAUCUUGUGGUGCAAGCAAUCGUUCCCGUGUAUCGGAGCUAUAUGCAGAACUAUGGCCCCCUCGUGGAGCAGGAUGCGAGUGCAAGUAAGUAUGCUAAGUACACGGCCCAGACAUUGGAGAAGAUGCUCGCAUCUCUCUUUCAGCAUAAGCCUGGCAAGUCUGCAAGCUUUAGGGUUAGGCACUCCAAUGGAAAACUUAACAGUGUCAUAGCCAGCCAAUUUCGCUCUGCUUCGGUUGUAAUGUGAUAAAGGCCUUUUCCACGGCUAAGUUGAAGGGAAAAGGAAUAUGCUUGUAUUUGUUUACCCAUCAGCCCCAAAGUUUAGAAAUGGAUUGCACAGCAAUUGGUUUCUCGGCAAUCGUUGUUUAUGUGCAUAUACCGAUACUCGUAGAGGUGGCAUGAGUUGGUGGAUUUUCAUGAAAAUUUUUCAAAUGAUUUGUGAUAGAUUAGCAGGGUUGCAAAGACUAGCCACAGUUGAAGCAUGAAAAAAAUGGGAAUUCCCUGCAUGGUCCUUUUGGUGCUGAGAGCAGUCACAUAUGAGCAUAAGCUUCAAAGAGCAAAUUCUGUAGAUGGUGGCGAUGGAUUGGUUUUUCGGCACAUUGCUGGUAGCAAUUGUGAUCCCCUCCUUUAAAUACCAUGUUUUGACUCCUUUCUUCUCUCCAUGUAAUACUUUUUCCCUUAGGUUGUAACCAUUCAUUUUUAGGCAUUUAGGAUUGGAAGAGCCAAUAUGUGUAAUGCUUGCUUGAAUAUAUGUAAAAUUCAUUGAAUUCUGUUGCUUGUAAGGAUUUUCCUCCCUUUUUGUUUUUAAACAUCUGUCAUUGGAAA